UAAAUAAUUUGGAUUUUGGUGAGAUUUACGUUGUUAAUCUGAAAGCUACACUGAUGGGUUCAAGCAAACUUCCCCUAUAUAUUUAUGUAGUCUUCCUCGGCGUAUUUGUUCACUCCAGUAUCUCGUUUUCCGAGUUCAAGGAAACAGAUAUAAGGAGUCUGGACAGCCCUGGGUCCAAAGAUGCACUGUAUUCAGGCCUGUUCGAGUUACUCAACAUGAGCUCAAAUGUUACUUUAAUUCGAGAAGCCAUCGAGAACCGAUUGGCCAUUGAAGUUUCUAGACGUUUAUUACAGAAUAGCUCAUAUCCUGAUAUCUCAGUUGGUGGUAGUAUCUGUUACAUUGUUAAAUGCGGCGCAUGUGUAAUACUACAUGGAGUGGACCUUUGUUAUGUAAUUACUGAGUCAUGUUCUGGAAGUGAAUGUCCUGAUCGCCUACUAUGUGAAAGUGAAUGUUGCUGACUGUUGACAUGUUAUAGUCAAGUCAAAUCUGGCGUUUCUGAUUAGUUAGUAACUCGCAAUGAAUAUGGAUGAAAGGGAAAAAAUAAAAAGAAGGGUCUUUGU